AAAUGCACAAUUAUUAAUUCAACAAUGUAAGCCGCUAAAAACACAUGACAAUAUUUUGUAUAGCGCACUCGUAAGUAGUGAACGUUUAAAGUGAUCCAAGUUUACAAGAAAAAACAGUUUUAAGCUUUCUAACGCGCUUUCCAACCUCUACGAAUUACAAACAAAACUUUUUGUAUAUUUAGCUUUCUGAUAAGAUCUGGCAAUUGGAUGCACAAUAUUUUCAAACAAUAAACUAUGAAUGGUCAUCUUUGAAAUCAAAAGUAGUUCGUGAGUUAAACCUUAACAAAGAUUGGAUAGACGAAAUUUCAAUAAAAUGUAAGAAACUGGUGUUAUAUGAACAAGGUUCACUAUUUAGAACGUAUAAUGAAACAGAAGAGAAAUCAUCCGAUUUAUUUGUGUUAGGAAAAUUAAUAAUUAUAUUACCAUCGUUGUAUUCAGGUGGCGAACAUUAUAUUCAUCGUUCAUACGAAAAACAUUUAUUCAAUUUUGCACAUGAUGCGGUUCAAUAUACACAUUAUAUCGUUUAUAAUUCAUCGGAUGAUUGUAAACAUGUAAUAGAGCCUUUGACAAAAGGCUAUCAAUUAACGUUAGUUUAUAAUAUUUCAGUUAAAAAAAUUAGAUCAUCUGUUAUUUAUCUCAAUCCGGAUUCAUCCAAUGAAAUACUGGUACAAAAAAUAGGCAGAAUAUUAUUAACAUGGUGUAAAAAUCAUAAAAAUUUUCCAUCAAAGCUAGUUAUUCAGCUCUCCGGUGAAUAUACACGUGACAAUAUGCCGCCAUUAUUAUCAAAUCAAAAAGAUCGAUUGAUAGCGAGUUUAAUUUUUAAAUCAAUUGAACAACAAUUUAAAACAUCAGAAAAAAAUAAUUUCUUAUUAUACUUUGGUGGUCUGGCGACAGUGAAAGAGUUUGAGCGCUUCACCGAUGAUUACCUGAACUAUACUAUAAAAAUUUUAUAUUUGAGGCCUAUGUUUAUUAUGCAUAAUAAGGACUUUCCAUGGCCUGAAUUAUUUAAUUUUAAUGAGACUUUGGACAUCAAUGUGUCGUUCGAUGAACUGAUGGAUGAGGAAAUAUUUUUAGAGCAAGACAUGCCUGAUACUACAAGUCGUCACAACGAAGAAACCGGUAAAAUAUUUUUGUUUGCCCUAUUAAAACGAAUGCAGUAUGCUGUAAAUAAAAAGCACCGGGUACAAAGUCUAAAACGGUUCGCAAACGUGUUUUAA